CUCCCCUGUGGUUGGUCAUGGUUGCAUAGCAGGGGCAUGUCUCUCUGUUGCCAUAGGUUCCAGGAGGAACACAAUGGCACUUUGCACAGCAGAUGUUACAGCACUUGAGGCAUCUCUUUGGUCUGCCUGCUUUGGAGCACCUCCUGUUGCAUUCUUUGGUACAGUCUGUUUUGUUUUGUUGUGGAUCACAGGACAGGGAAAUUGAGACAUCUCAUCAGCACAGCCAAGUGGAUGAAGGAAGCUUUAUAAACACUUUACCAAUUGGGGCUGGUGAGGAGGGUCCUGGAGCAGGGGUAGAGUUGGAUGAAGUCACUUCCACCUGGUAAACAAAACAGAUAGCUGGUAGGAGCUCAUCCACAUCAUGUUGUGACUCCAAACUGCUGUCUACCUGGAACCAAAAUGGUGUUGCUAGUAGAGUAAGAUGAAAUCACCUCAUCAGAGAUCCAUAACAGGAAUGCCAGAAAGAUCAGUGAAGAAAUCCUCAUGUCCAUGCUUCUUUGAUCAUGGAGGGGAGAGUGUGUUUUUUAUUCCCAGCACAAAACUACAAACUAUGUUGGUAAGUCCACCAUGAUAACGAGAUUUACAAUUCUGAGCCGGCCGACAAAAGAUCACUUUUAUCUUGACUACUCUUGACUGUGGAAUGACUGUGAAAUGAGUUGACCAAGUUGACCAACAAUCGAACAAGUAGGGUUUUAGCGUUCUGUUCUAGGAGGAAUGGCCCUUGUGCUGUAUGAUCGCGAGGAGGCGGAGCAAGAAAUGGAGGGGGGCGAUGGAAAAAUGGAGGCCGAACUUUGCAUCAGUCUGAGCACCAGCUGCUCGUCCGAAGCUCCUUCUUCGCCCAGUUCCUCCUCGACUUGCAGCGUCGAUCGAGUCGCCGUCCGCAGAGCUCUCCAACAUUUUGAGAUGCUGCGCUCCGCGGACAAGGCAGGCCGUGCCGACCUCAACGCCGGCAAAGCCAUGCGUCAACAGGGUAUGUGGCUAAACCGUGUAAAAUACUUUGGCCACGUCCCGGGUGUGGAAGUUGGCGACGUCUUCCACUUCCGCGUCGAGCUUUGCAUCGUGGGGCUCCACGGCCACAUCCAAGGCGGCAUCUCGUGGAUUGGUGGCGACGACAACAAGUGGGGCGAGCCAGUCGCAAACAGCAUCGUUCUCUCUGGUGGCUACGAAGACGACGACUCGGGCGAGCGCUUUGUCUACCACGGUGCUGGGGGCAAUCACCAAAACACCGCCCGGCCCGGGUGUUAUGCCCAGGACCAGAGCCUGGAUCGGGGAAAUCUUGCUCUCGCCAACGCUUUUCUGUUCCAGGUUCCAAUCCGGGUGAUUCGGGGAAUCGAGUCUGGGCUCAAGAAGAAGAGCUAUCGCUACGAUGGUCUGUUUAGAGUGACUCGCUACUGGGACGAGGUUGAUGGGGAUGGAUGGACGGUUUACAAGUUCCUGGUGGAGCGGAAGGGGAUGAGUUUCGACAAGAACGAAGUGGCGAAGAAUCUGAGGAAGUACCGCACUAGCUAGGAAAUUGAACAAAGACCCGUCCCGGAAGUAUCUCAAAGUUUUGCUCUUUGUAAAUAUAAGUGAUCACGAUUUCGCAAAAGCACAUUGUGUAAGUUUUGCGCUUCGCAGCAUCCACUCCAACAGCAGCAUUGCUGUGAAGCUUGCAAUCUCCAAGAAAAGCUCUCCAAGCAACCAAUGAUCUCACAAAAAACUUUUAACUUGCCAAA